AUGGAUUACAUAUACAUUAAACAACAUCUUGAUAAUGAUCCAAAAAUGUAAAGAUUUAUUAGAAAUCGUAUUCUUUACUAAACAUCUGAUACAUAUCAUUAUGCAAAUUAUAAGAAAAGGAUGAAUCAAUCAUUUGAUUAAUCUAUACAUUAAACGACUUUACAAAAAUAUAAUGACCUAUCUUAUCUUGUAAUUGAUAAAUUAAGGCAAUCUCCAACACGUAAAUCUUACUAUUCAAGACCAACAUCAGCUACUUAAAGAUCACCUUAUAUAUUUUAGAGUAAUUGCAAAAUAUUUAUUACUAAGCACUACAAACUUAAGAAUCAUAAGCAGUCAGGAAUUUCAAAAGAAAACUCAACAGUAGUAAGAGAUGUGCAUAAAAGCAAAAAAAAUAACCAAUUGAAUACACAUGUAGACAAUACAAAUUUAUAUUAUGA